AGACUGAAACUGAUACGAAGAGGAAGCUGAACUCCAGUUUGGCUGCUUCAAAGCUACGCGGGCCAACUUCUUUUUGCUUUUGGAGCCAAGUCGUAGAACUCCCAAAACUCAUUCUCACACAGCUUUAGAUCUAUCCCACAUCACCAAAACACCUGUACUUCCACGAAGGAUGUUCAAAAAGUUUUCAUCUGAAGAUGUUUCCUCACAGAAUCAAGUGAAGGCAUCUGUCCAGCGCAAAAUUCGCCAAAGCAUUGCAGAUGAGUACCCAGGACUUGAGCCAGUAUUAGAUGAUUUGCUUCCAAAGAAGUCACCUUUAAUUGUUUGUAAAUGUCAAAAUCAUCUGAAUCUGGUUCUAGUGAAUAAUGUUCCAUUGUUUUUUAAUAUUCGUGAUGGACCUUACAUGCCUACCCUACGACUCCUCCAUCAAUAUCCCAAUAUAAUGAAAAAACUACAAGUAGACAGGGGUGCGAUAAAAUUUGUACUCUCUGGUGCAAACAUAAUGUGUCCUGGUCUUACAUCUCCUGGUGGUGCUUUGGAUGAGGAAGUGGAAGCAGAAACUCCUGUGGCCAUAAUGGCUGAGGGAAAGCAACAUGCUCUUGCUAUUGGAUUUACAAAGAUGUCAGCAAAGGACAUAAAGGCAAUUAACAAGGGCAUUGUGGACAACAUGCAUUAUCUCAAUGAUGGCCUUUGGAAGAUGGAGCGUUUGGAAUGAGGAAAUGGCAAGGCGCAGCUGCAGAUCGAUCCAUGUAACUGAUAAACAAAGAACCUGAAGUUAUUGUUUCAACUUUCUGCUGCAUUUUGAUUUUGUUUUUGUUUUCUUAACUUCUCUCUCAAACUCUUUGUAUCCUGCUGAAGGAAACAUGAGCAAUUUCUCCA